UGCAGGCUGCUAGCAGCCCCGCGCCAGCUGCGGAAGAGAGCGGUCAGCAGGCAGGCAGGCGCGCGUCCGGCUCCCGCGCCCGUCCCUCCGCCGCGCUGAUUGCCAACGCAGGCUUGCGCUUGCCUUCCUGCCGGAUGCCGGGACGGCCGCUUGGCUAAGCCUGGGAGCCGAGCUCUGCAAUCCUUCGCUGCCGUCGCAGGCAGCCGUCGGUGAUUUGCCUUGGCGACCCACCUCGGAUAUACAGUUUCCACGAGAAGCCGCUUCGGUGCCUGCUUCUCGCCCGCUUUUUUUGCAAGCAUGCCGGCUGAUAGCAUGGAGAAGCCCACCGCCUCCCCCAUCGCGGGGGCGCCCGCCAGUUCCAGCCAGACCCCCGAUAAGCCCAAGAGCGCCAGCGAACACAGAAAGUCGUCCAAACCAAUCAUGGAGAAGCGACGGCGUGCCAGAAUCAAUGAAAGUCUGGGCCAGCUCAAGACACUCAUCCUGGAUGCCCUAAAGAAAGAUAGCUCCAGGCACUCCAAAUUAGAAAAAGCUGAUAUCCUGGAAAUGACAGUGAAACACCUGCGGAACCUUCAGCGAGCCCAGAUGACAGCUGCCCUGACUGCUGAUCCUACGGUGCUAGGCAAAUACCGAGCUGGAUUUAACGAGUGCAUGAAUGAAGUCACCCGUUUCCUCUCUACCUGUGAAGGGGUGAACACAGAUGUCCGCAGCCGGCUGCUAAGCCACCUCUCCGCUUGUCUUGGUCAGAUUGUGGCCAUGAACUACCCACCUCCACCACCCCCUCCUGCCUCUACUGGACAGCCCUCACAUCUGGCUCAACCUCUGCACGUCCAGUUGCCAGGCCCAGCAUCUGGCGCUGGGGCCAUGCCCGUGUCCUGCAAACUCAACCCUGCUGAAACCUUGUCCCCAAAAGUCUAUGGCGGUUUUCAACUGGUGCCAGCAACUGAUGGCCAGUUUGCUUUCCUUAUUCCCAACCCAGCUUUCCCACCUGGCAGUGGGCCAGUGAUACCACUCUAUGGCAAUGCAAACAUGCCCGUUUCUUCCAGCAAUUCGACAGCAACGCCUUCAGUGUCUCCAGUGCAAGGACUCACAUCCUUUGGGGGGAGUUUAGCACCUGUGUCCCAAGCUGGCGGUGACCGCAGUGAAUCUGUAUGGAGACCAUGGUGACUCUCUUAACUGCCCCCCCCCAAGACCCUAAAAGUAUCUGAAUUUGGUUCCGUUUUAUGGAAUCUGGAUUUGUGGGGUUUUUUUAUUUUAAUUCUUUUCAAAUUCGUUAUUUAUUCAUUUCCAAAGGAUGGGAUUGUAGCUUGUGUUUUUACUUUUUUAAAAAAAAAUAAAAACAAAAUGGCGGUUAUGUGACAUACGUCUCCUUAAAAAAAAAAAAGGAAGUCUUAGUUUUGUAUCAGAUAUUCCCACGUACUAUGCCAAAGCUUCUUUUUGUGAGUCUGUAUGCCUGAGCUUUUUAAAAAAAGAAAUGUUGGAAGGUGUUUGUACAAAUAAAAAACUUUCUUGAACUAGAAA